AUAAUCUAUUUUAAAAUGAAAAAUUCAAUAAGAAUUAUAAAAAAGAAAUUGAUUGUAUUGUUUAUAUUCACAAAUAUAAUAACAUCAUGUUCUAUAGCUGAAAGCUCUGAAAUAGAUGAUUCAAAUGAAGAAUCUUGUCAUUGUAAUAGUUGCAGUUUUGACAGACAAACUAAUAUAAAGAAUUAUUAUAAAAAAGAAAUACAAGAUUCUUGUUUAGCGAAUGAUAUUCUUCGUGUUUAUGAAAAAUCUGUGAAUUCUAUAAAUCAUUUAAAAAACAUGAUUAAGAUAAAGACGGGUAUUUUCGCGAUUGGUACAAAUAAUCCAAUUUUUAUUGCUGAUGGCGAAGGACCAAAACAGCAAAUAUAUUUAAAUAGUUUUUACAUAGAUAAGACGGAAGUAAGUAAUCGCGAUUUUGCAAAAUUUGUUAAUGUCACUAAGUAUAAAACAGAAGCAGAAAGAUUCGGAGAUUCAUUCGUAUUUGGAAGUCUAUUAAAACAAAAAAGUCAAGAGAAUGUAACGCUUGUUGUUGCUCAAGUUCCUUGGUGGUUACAAGUAAAAAAUGCAAAUUGGCUACAUCCAGAGGGUCCUGAAUCAGAUAUUAAGAAUAGAAUGGAUCAUCCUGUUGUUCAUGUAUCAUGGAACGAUGCUAUUGCCUAUUGCAAUUGGUUAGGAAAACGAUUACCUACUGAAGCAGAAUGGGAAGUUGCAUGUCGAGGAGGAUUGUCAGAUAGAUUAUAUCCAUGGGGAAAAUUAAUUCCAAAUGGUCAAUACAGAGCAAAUACAUGGCAAGGUGAUUUCCCAAAUAAUAAUACCAAAGAAGAUGGAUAUGAAGGUACAUCACCUGUUAGAGAAUUUCCACCAAAUAAAUAUGGAUUAUAUAAUAUGAUAGGAAAUGUUUGGGAAUGGACAUUUGAUUGGUGGACAAUUGAAAUCACAACACGAGGCGGAUCUGUUAAUCCUACUGGACCAAGUCAUGGUACAAACAAAGUAAAAAAGGGUGGUUCCUAUCUUUGUCAUAAGAGUUAUUGUUUUCGAUAUAGAUGUGCUGCACGGAGCCAAAAUACUCCUGAUACAACAGCUGGAAAUCUUGGUUUUAGAUGUGCGUUAUCAGCUUAAUUUUAUAAAUGAAUACUUUUAAAUAAAUAAUUUGAAUAUUUCUUAUUA